CCUGCAAUUGACAUCAGUGGAUCUCUAGAUUUAGAGCUAAAAAUCAUUUGGAGUGAUCUAUGCUCGAGAAAAGCCUUACCUCCUACUGGAGUAGCAUUAGGCUCCUUAGCUCCUUGGGCAUUUGUGGACAGCGAGGAACAACCUAAUCUUCAACAACAGACACCUCACGUCGGCGGAAGUAGUCUCUAAAGCAAUAGCUUCAGCUCGGGAAUGGGUCACUAGCCAAGGAGUAGCCAGUCGCAAUCUAACACCGCCGAUACGCCCUCCUCCUAUCGCUACUCAGGGAGUGUGCCUGAUAAGAACUGAUGCUGCGUGGAAUGAGACCACAAAAAUUGCAGGGUUAGGAUGGACAAUUGAAGAAUCCCGGGAAGUAGCUUCAUACUCUAGGGCUUCCCGGCAUGUUUCGUCACCCUUAGCGGCAGAAGGCCUUGCCCUGCGUGAAGCCAUACUGAAGUGUAGGGACCGUGGUAUUUCGAAGAUCAGAUGCGAAUCGGACUCAGCGAUACUGGUGAAAGCAAUCAACAAUGGAAAAUCUCUUGCUGGCCUUUAUGGCAUUCUCUCUGAUAUUAGUUCUCUUGCUUUUUUUUUUGAUUCUAUCACUUUCAACUGGAUCUCCCGUGAGAGAAAUACAGUUGCAGACUGUUUAGCAAAACAGGUUCUGGAUGUUAAACUCGCCAUUAUGGCCUCACCUAACUUCGGUUAAGAUUUUUGGAGAUCCAGAAGCUGCAGAUAUUGUCUUCACAUGUGGGGCUGAUAUAAUUGCUGUGGGGAUCAACGUAACUCAUCAAGUUGUUAUGACAGCUGAUGACAGGGACAAACUGGCAUCAUCAAACGGGAAACUAGGUCAAUACCUCUGUAAAAUCCUUGACUUGUACUAUUCUUAUCAUCUUGACGCUUAUGAGAUCAAAGGUGUUUAUCUUCAUGAUCCUACAACGAUCAUUGCGGCUUUCCUUCCUUCUCUGUUCACUUAUACUGAAGGAGUUGUUAGAGUGCAAACAGACGGCAUCACUAGAGGACUUACUUUACUGUACAACAAUCAGAAGAGGUUUGAGGAAGAGACGGAGUGGUCAGACAAACCAUCGGUAAAAGUGGCAGUGACGGUUGAUGCUCCUGCUGUUUUGAAGCUCAUAAUGGAUAGGCUUAUGGAGUCUUGAUCAUUUGGGUUCAGUACUCUUUGAUAUUGCUCUUCUUGUGAGCAGCUCUUUUGCUUCUUAACACAAACCCUAUUGAAAUAAGGCUCUUCUUGCCACAUUUUUUCAAAAAUUCAUUUCGGUUCUUUUUAUAUCUUUUUAUCAUAAAUCAACUGAAAAUCAAUUGAUACCAAUAAUAAAGUUCAGUUCCAUU